UUACGCUCCAUAAUCCCGAAUAAAUACUUCAAGAAUCACUAUACACUAAACACACUUGACCAUUAUCCAAUUUUCACCCAAAUGCAAUACAAGUGGUAAUUCUUCACAGUAUAUUAGUGGAACGACUAGACUCAGUGCACUUGAUUUUGUGCUUCACCAUUAUCAUUCCCCAAAAUGCAAUACCAAGUGGCAAGCAAUUCUUUAUAGUAUUAGUGGAAAAGACUAUCUUUUACAGUUGUUGGCAUUUCCUAAUUUCUAUUUAUGAUUGUGAUUGAAGUAUCCUUAUCAACUUUACCAACCCUGGAAGGCUAGAACCAGAAACCAACCUCAUGUUUUACAGAAUUGCAUGGUUAAAAAGAGUCCACAGCUGCCCAAUUUUAAUAUCUUUUUGCUUCUUACCGAGGUACAUAAAUACUUUAAUUAUAGCUACUUGUUCACACAAUCCUACAAGUUCAAAAGAAAUAAACAUUGUUCACUCAGCUUCGUAGAACAUGGUCUAUCCGUAUAAGCAUGAAUAGCAGGUUAACGAUCAUCAGGAAAAUACUCGAACUAUAUCCGAGAAUAUUAAACAAGAACUCAAGACAUAAAAUAUUGCAACGGGUAAAAAAUUUAUUUUAAUGAGCAUAAAACCAGCUUUUUUGUCGUUUCACUUUAUAGGAUAGGCCGAUAGGGUCACAGAAAAAAAAAACACAGAGCCUAAGAAGCAAGUAUGAUGAAUACAAUUUAGUCGUCAUCUCCAUUAGCUAACAAUAUACUCAUGUAUUUAAAAAAUGAUUAAUAAGUUGCCAAAUAUUGUACACACUCAACUAAUUGGUUGACAAAUAAAUUGCACGGAUUUGUUAAGUUCAUAUAUAGUCAACUAAUGAUUUGAAAAUAAACACUAGAGAAUCCUCAUAGGGAAUCUUUAUGGUCAAGAAAAAUUUAGCUGUCAUGCCUCCCUACUGACUUACCUAGUGUGAUGAACCUACUACAAAAGGUUGCUAACAAAUUGUCCUUUUGUCAUUAGCUACCCUAUUAACGUAGCUACAAAGAAAAAGGGCGCUGUUUCUUGAAUGAGUAAGCAAUGUUUGUGCUUUAUAUAUAUACUCCUAAUUCAUGCAAUUGGAUAAUCAAAACACUAAUAAUCUUCACUUGUUUCUUUUCAAAGAAAGCUACUAAACCGCUUGUAGAAUAAAAUCUUGUUCAUAUGGCGCCUAGAGUAAAUCAUGUAGCAGCAACUCCUCUGUUGUUUGACAAAAAGAUCAAUGGGCAAAGACCACUUCCUAAGAGAGGGCAAGUUAAAACAAGGAUAGCAGCCAUGGCGUUGCAUACGCUGGCGGCCAUAUUCACCAUGGCCGCCACUCGACGUUCAAAUUCCGCCUGCAAAUCCUAGUCUUGAGGAGCUAAGGAUGAUCAUGGCUCAAAAAAAUGUGUGACAUAUGAAAAGCAUGAAUAAUCCUUUAUGCGCGAGAUAGCAAUGACAGGAGGUUGACUUGUCAAUGUCGAGUGACCUCAAGGCUUUUAGAGAGUUUUGUGUAGUAUUAAUUUCAUUGAUUUCUUGUAUUUAGACAUCUUUUCUUCCUAAUCUUGCAGGAGAUUGAUAAGUCAGAGUCGAUGGUCGAGUGACCUCAGGGUUUAUAGAGAAUUUUGCAUAGCGUCAUUUUCGUUGAUUUCUUAUAUUUAGACAUCUAUUCUUCCCCAUCUUCUGACAAAUUUCCAGUGUCCAUUUUCACCUAGUAAGCGAAGUUCAAAUAUAAAGAUUAAAUCAUGUAACGGAAUCUGGCCUUCUCUUAUUUUUUUGGAAAAAAUGACACUAUAUAGGCGCUCUCAAAAUAAUUAACACACACACAUACAUAUUAUAUACAAAUACUAUACACUUUUUUGACUACCGAAUGUAAAUAAUUUCUGGAGCAGGCUAAAAGUGAAAACCCCCCUCUUUUUUUAAAGCUUUUGCCUAUCCAUUUGCGUAACAUCCUCCUCAGAAACAACUCAUACGACACCACCGUCUUUUUUGGUUCUUUAGUCAUCCAGUUUAUGAAAAAGAUUAAAAUAACAUACUUUAAAAGGAAAAAAUAAAAUAAUAAAGAAGAGGAUAAGAAAAUAAGCAGAAAAUAAAAACCAAGAAAUAAAGAAACCUCAUGUUAUCUUGUACGUACAUUGUUACGAGACCAUCUUGAAAACUGCUAAAUUAGGGUCUAUACAAAGUAGGUACCUUAAGUACAGAGCAAGGCAGAGAACAUCAAGGCAACAAUUUUAGGGAAGGAAUAGGUACACCCCAACAGUUCCUUUCCUCAAUGCCAAGGCAUAAACCAAAGUCUUUACACUUUCUCAAUCAUGGGUUCAUAAAUAGAUUAUUAUAGUUUCUAUAGUGCUGCUAUAUCAAUUAAAAAUGGCAUUUUCAGGCCAACUUCUCCAACAUAUUUUAUGGUCCAAACCAGAGUUUAGCCGUAGCCGGAGCAUUCCUCUGUUAAAGACUAACCAUGAACCAGUUAAAAUACUAUCACAACGAAAACUUGAUAUACGAGGCAUCAAGAGAAAAUCUAACUGUUUGGUUACAUUUUCAAUGUCAAAUCCUUUUUCAAUGUCACAUCCUGAUAAUGACACAAGUCCGUGUUCUCCAUCCGACACAAUCAAGAAAUUCUACUCUAGUAUCAACAACAAUGACCUGAACCAACUAGCACUACUCAUAUCUGAAGAUUGUUUCUUUGAUGAUUUCUCCUACACUCGACCAUUCAAAGGGAGAAAGGAGGCUAUGAAAUUUCUGGAGAAACUAACCACAUGCAUGGGUAAGAACACAAAGUUCUGCAUUGAACAAAUAUAUGAGGGAGUUCAUCUUACAACUGUGGUAAACUGGCACUUAGAGUGGAAGAAGAAACAAGUUCCUUUCACUAGAGGCUGCAGCUGCUACGAGUUAUCAAGAGAUGGUGAACAACUAAUUAUAAAGAAAGCUCAAGUAAUCAUUGAAUCACCAAUCAAACCAGGAAGCUUCGCUUUGGACGUGUUCCAGAAUGUCAUUUCAGUAUUUGAUACUUUCCCUGAGGCAGCAUGUAUGUUGAUUUCUUUAAUAUUCUUUAUACUUUCACUAACAAGAGAACGAAAAUAUUCUGAACGGGGCAAAAUUUUUUUCCUACGCAGGGUUGUUCUUGAUGAAUCCCCAAGUGGUACCAACUAUCUACAAUAUGGUUCUCAAGCCAAGCAUAGGUCCGAUUAUUGCUUGGUACCGCAAGUUAUGGAGUAUCACAGUCACCAUUCUUACACUUAUCUACAAGUUAUUCCUUUACAUUAUAGAGAUGUUCCACAAGUAGAAGAUAUGCACAGCUUGCCAAUUCAAGAAGCUGGACAACAUUUCAACGACUUAUUUUUCCUACAUAAAGAUAGUAGACAAAGAUAGACUUCACAUUUAACAAGACUCUAAA